AUGGCCCCCAAGUUCAAGGACGGGGAUGCCGUCGUGGCAGUCAACGGAAAAUGGGUGUCCUGGGCACACACUUUCUUCGCGUAUACGGCUUUCAUCGGUGCAUUGAUUGUUGGCAUGGCCCUCCAUUUCAGGAAGAUCGUUCAGAACGAGCAUUAUGGUUACCCUGACGAGUGGUUUCCUUCGGUAUCAGCGACCAUCGGUGAUCGCUACCCCGAACGUUCGAUCUUUCAAAUCUUUAUCGCUAUAACUUCCGGUCCUCGAUUCGCUCUGGUCUUCCUUUGGUAUGUUCUGACUGCACGGCCCAACGCGACUCUUCCGAAAGUGGUUGCUGGGACAGGGAUCUUCAGAACCCUGACCUGCGGAGGGUGGACGUACAUCACAUCUACCGACGACCAUGACUGGCAUGAUAUCUUCAUGAUUUCUUAUUUAGUUGCGACCUUGCCUUGGACGCUUGGCUGUCUGGCACUGAGUCCCAACAACCGCCGUGCAGUCAAGUACAGAAAGAUCCUGGCAGGCCUUUUUUUCGGUACCCUGGUGCCGUUGAUUUACUACUUCAUUCAGCACAAGGUCCAUAAGGUCCCCGGUGCUUACACCAAGUACGCUUUCUUCGAGUGGUCUUUGAUUCUGUUUGAUGUCGGCUUCGAUGCUGUCACUGCGCUUGACUUUGAGGCGUUUGAGCUCGUUGUGAGAGAUACCAAGGGGGUUAGCAGAGGACAGUUGAAGACCACUGCGGAUGUCGUCCUGGACAAAGAGAAGGGCAAGCCUGUUGGCAACACUUUUGGCCAGGGCUUCGUCUGGUCUGAGGCCAUCGACGCUGCCGCCGAUGUUUACAGCGGGUUUGUGUUUUGGUCAUACUUGACUUCUCUGGGUCUCUUGGUUUGGUAUUUCCCCCUGUGGCAUAUGGGCAUCUCCGGCUAUGAAGUCUUUAUAAUGUCUACAUGCUCACCUUUCCUGCUCGCCAUCCCAUCUCUACGCUCUCUCGCGACCAACAAUAUCCGUGCCUUGCAUUUCGCAUCGCUGAUCGGUCUGCUCGCUUUCCUCGUCAAGGAUCCAGCCUCCCGGCUGUUCGUCACGGGUGCUGCAGUUUUUAUAAGCUGCUUGGCAUGGGCUGCUACUUGGUUUGGUGAGCGUGCUCAGUCAGUUCGAUUAGAGUCGCGUAUUCUGGCCUGGGCCAUCGGCCUAAUUGCGUCCAGUGUGGCCAAGUUCGCCUUUAAGACGAACAACCCUAUCUGGCCGACUAUGCACGCGGAAAAUGGCGGCUGGAACAAGCUGGGUUUGGCUCUCGCCAUCCUUGCCGUACUGCGGUCGACCAGACGGCCAACAGUCAGUGGAGGCGACUACUUCCCGCCCAGCGGCAGGAAAGGGUCUCCCAUUCUGGCGGCUUUCGGUCUUGCUGGGCUUUUUUUCGGUCUGCACUCUCUCCUGUCUGAUUCCAGUACCAUGAUCAUCUGGGUUUGGGACGGAUAUCCCGUCAGAGGUCCGAUGGCGGCUCCCCACGGCGCUGUGACGAUCUUUAUUAUGGGAGCUGGACUCAUCUUCGGUCUAUUCUAUCCACGUGUCGCUGGUAGCUGGACUGCAUUCGGCAUCGCUUCUGUGGGAGCUGCGAUCUUGACUUCUUACAGUCAUUGGUUUGGCUACUACGGUGGUUUGACGCUAGCUUUCUAUCUCAUGGCUAUGGUUCCGGUCUUUAUUUCCUCCGCCGUUCGACAUUCCCCCGCCACUACUUUUGGGCUUGGCUUCUUCGUCUAUAACUUCAUGGUUCUGUUCCAUGUCUGGGUGGUCGCUUACGCCUUUGUGCCUGGUGGCCCUCUCGUGAGAGAGCAUACUGACUGGGUCAUGAUCACGACCAUGCUUCUAAUUGGAGCAGGUGUAUUCUCUAAUGCCGUGUCGAAUUCCUCGUCAACUUCUAGGAGUAAGCCAAUGAAUCCGCAAGGCAAAAAGCAGCGUUCGUAUUAUCUUUACGUGCUUGCCAUCCUGCAGCUGCUUUCCAUUGCCGUGGCUUAUCUGCGAUUCCCCACGAAUGACUACCAGCCGUAUCAUAAGGAUGACAAAGUCAUCACCGCUGGCAUCUGGACCAUUCAUUUCGCUCUGGACAACGACAUGUGGUCCUCUGAGCAACGUAUGCGCAAAGUCAUCGAGGAGCUCGAGAUCGACGUCAUUGGAUUAUUGGAGUCAGAUAAUCAGCGCAUCAUCAUGGGUAACCGUGAUGCCACCCAAGUUCUUGCGGAGGAUCUGGGCAUGUAUGUCGACUUCGGCCCUGGUCCCAACAAGCACACCUGGGGUUCAGCGCUACUCUCGAAGUUCCCUAUUAUCAACUCGACUCAUCACCUUCUGCCAUCUCCCGUUGGUGAGCUGGCACCUGCGACCCAUGCCACUCUAGACGUCUAUGGCGAGCUCGUGGAUGUUGUCGUUUUCCACUCCGGUCAGGAAGAAGACCCCGAAGAUCGCCGUCUGCAGACCGAAUACUUGUCCAAACUUAUGGGCGAGUCGCCUCGGCCGCUCAUUCUACUGAGCUACCUUGUUACCAAGCCACUCGAGGGAAAUUACAACACCUACGUAAGCGAACUGAGUGGCAUGAAGGACAUCGACCCUACCGACUGGGACAGGUGGUGCGAAUACAUCCUCUACAAGGGAUUGAAGCGGACAGGCUACGCUAGAGUCAGCCGGGAUUCCAUUACGGAUACUGAGAUCCAGGUGGGCAAAUUUGUUAUUGGUGAACCUGAGCCGGAGGAGGAGGUGCGACUCUCUGAGGAACUGGUCCCAGUGGGCCGUCGCUUCCCGUCUUUGUUCCGCGGACAGGGUGUCCGUGGCCACCAGUAUCAUGUCUUCAACGAGCCUCGAUAUUGGCAAUAG